CUUAAUAUAAAAAUUACUAAUAGUAAUACAAUAUUCAAAUCAACAAAAAUUUGAAAUAGUCCAUUUUCCGCGCGUAGUGCGGACGAAAUCUCUAGUAUAUGGUAAUAAUAUGUAGUAUGGUAAUGUGAUUUAAUGUAAUAAGGUAAUAAUAUUAGUGAUACCACAUGUCUUAUUUUCGAAGAGGGUUUCUAUAACGAUGUGGACGCUCUCUGGAACCUCGAUUAGUUCCUUUUAUUAGUAUAGAUUAUAUUAGCUAGCACGCACCGAGCAUCGGUUAAGUGGAUACAAAGAUAGAACCGGAGCAAAAUAACCGAGUUGGUCGGUUAAGAACAAAACUAGGGUUUUGAUACUUGAUUUGUGCUUCAUGCCUUGAAGUGUUUUCACCAUAUUCGUUUGAGCUAGAAUUUUUGGCAGAUCUGAGGGUAAUCAUUAUAGUGUUUUCUUGUUUGAUUCGAUUUUCCCGUUUAGGUUGGUUGCAAGCUAUGCGUCUGUAAUCACGUGCUCCAAAUCGUCCAUAUAGAACUUGCAUUUUGAAUUGUUUUGAAGAGUUUUGUUUUUGUUUACUGGAGAAAGGACAUAUAUAUGGUUGGUCAAAAGGAAGCGAAGCACGCUUGUUUCAAAGGGUUGCGUCUGAGGUUUAAGGAAGAUAUAAUAAGCCAGCUACCAGAUCCUUUGAUAUGUCACAUACUUUAUCAUCUUCCUUUACAGGAAGCUGUUAAGACUAGCGUUUUGUCCGCCCGAUGGAGAAGCCUCUGGCUUUGGGUUCCUCGUUUGGAACUUAACUCCCAAGACUUCACAGAUCUAAACGCCUUUGUGAGUUUUGGCAACAUGUUUUUAACCUCCGAUAGGGAUUCAUGCAUACACAAACUCAAGUUAACUAUUACUAUUGGUGAAAUUGACAAUGAUGCUUCCUAUGUCUCGUCCUGGAUUGAUGCAGCUAUCAAGCGUAAGGUCCAACAUCUAGAUUUACAUUGGUGUGGAGUGUCCAACUUCUUUACUAAACCCUUAAAGUUGUAUAACAGUGAGACUUUGGUAGACUUAAAACUCUCUGAAGUACUCUUGGAUGAUGCCAAGUUUGUUUACUUGCCUUGUCUAAAGACUCUGCAUUUAAAAGAUAAUUGGUAUCCCAAUGAAGCCACUUUUGAGAAACUUGUGUCAUCAUGUCCUGUCCUUGAAGAGUUAAAUCUUAUUAUUCAUGAGGAGGAUACAAAAACCUUUAGGCUGCAGUCUCGGUCACUAAAGAAGCUCAAUUUAGUACGAGCUUAUUUUCACUUUCGUUCUUCUGAUCCGGGAGUUGUGAUUGAUGCUCCUCUACUAUGUUGUUUGAGCAUUUACGAUUAUGCAUCAGAAAGCUUUAUAGUAAACAACUUGGAGUCCAUUGCCAAGAUAGAUAUUUCUCUCCUCUUUGGUUCGGGGGUUUUUGAUGAACGCAAGAGAAGUAACGUCCACAGUUUUCUCCUCGGGAUCACUAGGGUCACGGAUAUGACGCUAUGUGCCAAUACUUUCGAGAUAAUCUGUGGUCAAUAUUCAGAAUUAGAUCUGCUGCCUCGUUUUGGUUACAUGUCCCACCUGCAUGUUACUUCACGUAUAUCCGAUUUGAAAUGGUUACCAACCUUUCUUGACAGCUGCCCGAACGUAAAGUCUCUCGUCUUGAGUUGGUUUUGUGAUUAUGAGAAAAUGAUCUCUGAGGAAAUGAGUUUUCCAUUUGUACCUCAGUGCAUGUUAUCGUCUCUAGAGUAUGUUGAUUUUAAAGUCCGAAUCUUGGGACUCACGGCAGAGAUGAAGCUAACAAGGUACUUUAUAGAGAAUUCAGCAUUUCUCAAGAGACUCACUCUACGUUUGGUGGGUAAUUCAGCUAGAGAUAAUUAUACUCUCAAAGAACUUCUCCGAAUCCCAAGAGGCUCUACCAAUUGUGAAGUCGUUAUCCUUUGAUUGGUAAAAUACUAAAGAGUAGCUAGAGGUUUUGUGGUUUCUUUGUCAAGUGUAGUUUCAUAAGCGCAAAUUAUUUCAGGAAUCUCCAAACUAUCCUCCCCCCUUUUGAUAUGUUCCUUUUAUUCAUAAAAUCAACAUGUAGUUUUGGUGGUUUAUAUGUAAUGACAUUAUAAUGACAAUAUGCAGUUUCUUGGCAAGAACCAUUAUUAGUUUGAUUUGUUCAUAUUAAAAAGAACGUUGUUAUUUUGCUCAUUCAUUUCUGAGUUUCCCAUGGCAGCUCUUAUUAGAGAACUCUUGGCAAAAUCAAACUGAGCCAUUAACUUUCAUUAAUAUGAGACAUAGAGAAAUAAAAAUUGAUCUUACAGACCAAACAAAAAAUCUUCGGUGAAUAAACCGAAAAUCUGGUAACAAAGAGAAAAAUUUGAACCACAGCUUGUCAUACACGCUACCGACCAUUGGCAAGAAUGUGAGGCACACAUGUCACUACCAAGACUCGUUUAUUUUCUCUUCGUUUAUAGCUCAACUCCUCUGCUAGAAUGCAGGUUGAGUUUCACUGCUCACUCUCCUCAUAUUAUAUAUUGUUAACAGUUGGAGACCCAAAGCUCACUCUCUCUUAUGUGGCUAUGCUUUUAGGUUUGAUCCUUUCCUAAAUUCUCAGUGGCAUGAUUACAAAAUACCCUACUGAAACCGAACAUAAUUUUUUUAGCAUUAGAGGACACCAAAGAUAUUUUCACAAAGACAAAAUUAGGAGAUUGUCACGCCUGCUUCAGCUGUUAUAUGCCUUUUCACAUUUCACAUGCUCAAUUUGUUCAUCUACAAGUUAAAAUCAGUGGUUUCUUUGUUGUGGCGCCAUAUAAUCACAACUCUGUCUUCCUCUUUGCACUGUUUUGUCAUUCUUCUUUAACCCCUGAGAUUGAGCCAUAGGAGUCAUUGCCACAUACAUUGAGUUUGGAGAUGAUAAAGCUGCUGCUGCCGCCACUUUGUACGUUGCUGCUGAAACUGACGCUGCUACCAUUUUCUGUGCACCUUCUCUGACUUGAAUGUAAGUCCCCUUCUAUCAUAAACAACUGCAGCCAAAACAUGUUUUAACACGCUAGUAUUUUUUGAGAAGAUGAAUAAAUGAUUUAAGAAUUGGGAUGAGACAGACCUCGAGAUGGCUAGCAACAAAAUCUUCAACCUCCCCGUACUUCUUCCUGUAAUCAUGCCAUUGCAGAGGCGCUAGCAUUUUGCAAGCAGGUGUGUUUAUAAGAAAGAGACCACUUCCAAAUUCACUCUCAUUGUGAUUGGUUUCGACUCUCACCGUUGAACUGAUUCUGACUCUUUCACCAGCUGGUAUAGUACGAACGAUACAAGCCAAAAGCGACCUUUCAUCGAGAAGAGCGCUCUCUAAGUUCCUCUCAUCUUUGCCGGAUGAGACUAGAGUUUCAUGCACGAUCACUACAAGAAAACACACGCUUAACGACGAAAUUUAACGAGGAAAAACAAUCCUCGUAAAUUUACGUCGAGUUUACGAGGAAUUUACGUGAAAAACUAAAGUCAUCGUUAUUUCCUCGUAAC